AUGUUUUGGUGGGUGAGGGGUGAAGUUAUGAUGAGGGCAGUAAGGUUUAAUGAGAUGGUGAUGGGCAUAGAGCAUGUUGAAAUUCGAUACAUAAAUAAUCCUGUUAUCAAAAUUUCAGAUGUGCCAAGAUAUGGAAAGUCAUACUUUGAGGGAGAUUUCCAAAGACGACUGUCGAAGGAAGGCUCUGUUGAUGUGCCAAGAUAUGGAAAGUCAUACUUUGAGGGAGAUUUCCAAAGACGACUGUCGAAGGAAGGCUCUGUUGGAUUAGCAGAUCUCCACCCAUCUGCAAUUAGAGGAUCAGACAAUUUGCUGAAUGAGAGAGGGAAAGUGACACCUGGAUCAGCAGAUCUCCGCCCAUCUGCAAUUAGAGGAUCAGGCAGUUUGCUGAAAGAGAGAGGGAAAGUGACAGCUGAUUUGACAAGACACACAGCAUCAAAUGUGGACAGAGGUCUCCAAAGACAGCUGGUGAAGGAAGGUUCUGCUGAUUCUACACUUGCUACCAAGUACGUGAAAGAUAAUGAAAAAAAGUAUCUGAAUAAAUAUCCUAUGGAAUUUGGAGGAAGACUUGGUACUUUGUUGCUGAUUUUGUUCCUGCCUUUAUAUGUCUUGAGUUUGUUUAGUUUUAAUUUGGUACCGGACCCAACAAAAUUUGAAGUAUUGUUUCAAAUGCAGCUUGUACUGAUUCCUCAAGUGGCUGUUGGAAUAAUAAUGCUUAUAAUUUUCCAAGCUUUACUUAGCAUUGUGCCUAUUGGCAAAGUUGUCAGUGGACCUCUGACUAAGCUUGGGAUUUUGAAAAUGCGGUGUAAUGUUGCUGAACGAGGUAGCACUCUCUUUCUCCAUCCUUCCCCAGUGUGAACUUGGACCUGAUCUGUAAUUGUCAGUAGGACAAUGUAUAGUGCUGCUUUCUACAACUAGACUCUCACUUUUUAAAGCACUUUAUAUUCAAAGUUAAUGAUCAUGUGUUUGCCAUUUUUUGUGCUUAUGUCAACAUAUCCAAGAAUUAAAGAAAUGAGGGUGUGCUGAAAAGUAAUACCUCUGAAUUUUCAUGUUAAAAUUUAAAGCUGUUUAAAUAAAGCAAACUUUAUUAACAUUCUACAUCUUUGUUCUUCAUGUCCUCUGCCGCUAGAGGUCUCUGAAUUUUAACUUAAAACAUGAUGGUGUAUAACAAAGCUGCUGGUACGUGAGAAACAGCGUGCUGUAAUAAAGGUUCGAAUUCAAAGCUUUUCUCUGCACAUGAAACACCCUUUCCUUUAGCAAGACAAUGCUAGACCACAUAUGAGCAUUGCAGUGUCUGCAACAGUCCGACACACUGCAUUCACUGUCAUUGAUCAUUCUCCAUCCAGUCCCAACUUGGUCCCAUCUGAUUUUCAUCUGUUUUUCAUCUGUUUGCAAAACUUAAAGAACACCUUCGAGGACUUCGAUUUGAUAAUGAUGAAGCAAUGCAAGAAUACGUGAGAUUGUGGCUCCAUCAACAAUGUUAAACAUUAUACAGUGACAGUAUCAACAAACUAGUCUCCUGUUGUUGGGGAAAAGCUUUUGUCGCCAG